AGCGGAAAAGCGCCUGGCGACACCACCGCACUGUGCGCCGACUGCCUCUGGACUAACGCUAGAAAAGCGGUGUCAGGAUUGCACAACUCUUCAGAGCCACAUCAGGAAGACAUGGGAUGGGCUACUGGCAUCAAAGAAGCUUCAGAUCAUUUCACUACAAACUCUGGAGUGCAGAGCUGCUUGAUUGAAUGAAUACAGUGCUGGACAUUGCUGUAUGAUGCAUGUUGCCUCCCAGUAUAUUAUAUUGUAAGCACAAAGAGCAGAGCAGCCAUUAACCAUCAGUGCAUCAUCUAUCUGAAUGGAAAUAUGGACACCUUCAAUAGAGGAAUUUUAACUCAUCAUGUCCAGGAACUAUGAGCCUGGUCACUCAGUAGGGAUGUUGGCUGCCGUGGAACAUGGUCCCAUCCUCUGCAGCGACUCCAACAUCCUCUGCCUCUCAUGGAAAGGCCGGGUCCCCAAGAGUGAGAAGGACAAGCCGGUGUGCCGGAGACGGUACUACGAGGAGGGCUGGCUCGCCACGGGGAAUGGGAGAGGAGUUGUUGGGGUGACGUUUACAUCUAGUCACUGCAGGAGGGACAGAAGUACACCUCAGAGAAUCAAUUUUAACCUCCGCGGACACAACAGUGAGGUUGUCUUGGUGCGCUGGAAUGAACCCUUUCAGAAGCUCGCCACAUGUGAUAUGGAAGGAGGUAUUUUUGUUUGGAUCCAGUAUGAAGGAAGAUGGUCUGUGGAGUUAGUGAAUGACAGAGGAGCCCAGGUGAGUGACUUUACUUGGUCACAUGAUGGCACUCAAGCCCUCAUCGCGUACAGAGAUGGCUUUGUGUUGGUUGGCUCCGUCAGCGGACAAAGACACUGGUCCUCCGAGAUUAACCUAGAGAGUCAAAUCACCUGUGGCAUCUGGACACCUGAUGAUCAACAGGUCUUAUUUGGUACAGCAGAUGGUCAAGUGAUCGUGAUGGACUGUCAUGGACGGAUGCUUGCCCAUGUUCUGCUACACGAGUCUGAUGGGAUCGUGAGUAUGUCCUGGAACUGCCCUGAUUUCCUGGUCGAGGACAGCACAGAAAGUGACACAGACUCUGAUGAAAGUAUUCUGCCUUUAGUGCGGAGAGUCAAGCCUUUGUUGACAGUCACCUUCUUAUCAGGAGAUAUCAGUUUAAUGAACAACUAUGACGACCUGUCUCCUGCCAUAAUUCGCUCAGGGCUGAAAGAUGUUGAGGCCCAGUGGUGCUCCCAGGGAGACCUCCUGGCUGUAGCCGGCAUGGAGAGACACGGGCUACCUGUCGACGCUGCCUGCGGGUCCAUCAUGAGGAACGCCCUCGUUAAGUUCUAUAAUGUCCAAGGAGAACACAUCUACACUUUGGAAACACCGGCACAGAGGCCCAUCACCACCAUCUGUUGGGGUCACAGAGACUCUCGUUUGUUCCUCGCAUGUGGGCCAGCGCUGUAUGUGGUGCGUGUGGAGCAUAGGGUGGCCAGCCUCCAACUCUUAUGCCAGCAGGGCAUCGCCAGCGCCCUGCGAGAGGAGAAAGAUGUGGGGAAACUGAACAUGCCCUCACUGCUCUGCUCUUAUGUGACCACUGCUUUCAUACCCACCAUCAAGCCCCCAAUUCCUGACCCCAACAACAUCCGUGACUUUGUCAGCUAUCCCACAGCUGGGAAUGAGAGGCUCCACUGCACCAUGAAGCGGGCGGAGGACAGCCCUGAGGCAGGCGGUCCCUGCUACACUCUCUACUUAGAAUAUUUAGGAGGACUGGUGCCUAUUCUCAAAGGAAGACGCAUCAGUAAACUACGGCCUGAGUUUGUCAUUAUGGAUCCAAAAACAGACAGCAAAGCAGAGGAGGUGUGUGUGAAUCCCAUGAUCUCAUAUACUGACAGCUGUAACUGCUCUGACUCCAGUGACAUUGAGUUGAGCGAUGAGUGGGUUGGGAAGAAGUCACCAAAGUUAUCCCGAGGAAACAGAAUGAACAUGGAUUCAAGAAAAUCUCCCAAACUUUCACGUGCCAAUCAGGAAGGCCAACGAUCGCCACGGUUACCGACAAAGAAGCCUCCAAUUCGGUCCCCUAGUCUGACACGUCGAGAGUUUUCUAUGGACGGGAUCACAGAGCACAAUUACCUUGCUCAAGUCACAUCCAACAUCUGGGGGACAAAGUUCAAAAUUGUUGGACUUGCUUCUUUCCUCCCUGCCAAUCUCGGUGCAGUCAUCUAUAAGACCAGUUUGCUCCAUUUGCAACCGAGGCAGAUGACAAUCUAUCUACCAGAAGUGCGAAAGAUUUCACAUGACUUCAUGAGCUUGCCUGUGUUCAACCCCAAUGUGUUCAGUGAAGAUGAGGAUGACUUACCAGUGAUGGGGCCAUCUGGAGUGGCAGGAGACAAUCCUCCCUGUACAGUCAACAUUCCCAUUGCUCCCAUCCACAGCCCAGCUCAGGCCAUGUCCCCGACUCAGAGUAUCGGCCUGGUUCAGUCUCUCCUGGCCAAUCAGAAUAUUCAGCUUGACGUCCUCACCAACCCUACAGCCACUGCAGCGGCAGCAGCUGCAGCGGCGGCAGCAUCUGUCCCUGUUUCUGAUCAUGGCCAGGAUGCUGUUGCUACACCAUAUCCAGUUCCAGCUAGAUACUCAAACCCUGGUCAGGUGAUCUUCAAUGGGCUGGAGAUGGGUCCUCUUCUCCCUGGUACUCUUCCUCCUCCACCUCCACCUCACCAUCUCCCACCGCAGCCACACCCGCAGAGGUCUCAUUCCCAGCAGCCUCGCCAACAGCAGUCGAAACAGUCACAACAAAUGCAGACGCAGCAGCAGCAGAAGAUGCAUCAUCAUCAACAGCAGCAGCAGCAGCAGCAGCAACAACACCAUCAUCAGUCACAGUCACAGCAGCAGCAACAACAACAAUUGCAGCAGCAACAUCAACAGCUUCAGCAACUGCACCACCAGCAGCAGCAACACCAACAGCAGCAGCAACAUCAACAUCAACAGCAGCAGCAACAUCAACAACACCAGGUUCAGCAACACCAACAAAUGCAACAAAAUCCGCAGCAAGUGACAAGCCAACAACUUCAGCACCAACACCACAUCCAGCAGCAACAGCAACAGAUGCAGCUGCAGCACGAGCAGAUGCAGCAGCAGCAGCAACAGAUGCAACAGCAGCAGCAGCAAAUCCGGCAACAGAUCCAGGAGAUGAGGCAGCAACAGCAGCAGCUCCAGCAGCAGCAUCAGCAGAUCCAGCAGCAACAUCAACAGAUGCAGAGGCAGCACCAACAAAUGCAGCAGCAACUGAAGAUGCAGAUGUCGCUGCCUCCUCCUCCUUCUGGCUAUCCAACCAUUUCCUUACAACAGAUUCAUCUUCUACCCCAAAUGCCUCCUCCCACCACUGAGCCUGGGCUAGACAGGGGAGACCAUGGACACAUUCUGAAGCCAAGUCUGCCACGGACUUUACCUCCCUCCUUCAAUGACACAGAUGGGUCUGUGGAGAUUCAGAUGAGGAAGGUGAAUCCUCCUCCUCCAUACCCUGGCACUGUAGUGUCUGCAGCAGCAGCAGCAGCUACAGCGGCCGCUGCACCUCAGACACUUGUCACAAACUGUGACAGCCCAAGCGUCCUGGCGCCAGACCCCUGCCUGAAGAAAGAUGAGUUCUUGCUUCACCCAAUGACCUUACAGUACCCAACACCUCUGGGGUAUGAAAGGAUCACGACCUUUGACAGCAGCGGCAACGUGGAGGAGGUUUGUCGGCCACGCAGGCGCCUUAUUCGCAACCAGAAUGCAUACGCUGUCCAUGGCAUCGGAGGCUCGGCCACGCUCAAAGUCACUUCGUCUGAUAGUAAAAAAAUUCAGCUUCCGUAUAGCUCGGCAACACUGAGUCGUCUUUCAGUCCCUCGAUACUCAAUACCUAGUGGGGACCCUCCUCCUUACCCUGAUCCAGCAAAUCAAGUAACUGCUACACUUCCUCCUCCCCAGAGAAUCGAUAAUAGUCUGAUUCAUGCCACUAUACGCCGUGACCGCAGGGAUGUGGGACUCAAAGUGCCACAGAUGAUGGAUAGCUCAAGAACACUUCCCACUAAGGCUAAAAUGAACAGUGCAUUAGCACUAACGUACCAGCAGAGGGUGCCCACUGCAUUGUACACAUGCACACAGUGCAGCAGUAACAGCAGCAGCACCAGCGUCAGUGUCAGUGGUGGUGGAACUACAAGUAGUGGCAUCGCAGGUGGCACGGUGGUGAGGCAAGACUUCCCACCAGGGAAAGGAGCACAUCACAGUACCAUUAUUGUGCACUCCAAAAGUGCCUCACCCAUGGCCUCCCAGUCAUCUUACAGUCUGCUGAGUGCUGUUGAUAACAGCCGGGACAGAACAGUGUACGUUAACUCUGCUUUUACCGAAGAUGAGACUUUAAAUCAGCAGUGUCACCUCGAAAAAUCAGUACGCCAGCUGACUCUCGGUGAUGUCAGUUUAACAGUAAAACGCCCUCCGCCUUACCAAUGGGACACCUCCACCGCAGAGGAGUUCUGGCUCACCCCAGAGCAAACAAUAUUAGGUCCCCCACCAGGACCUCAUAAACCGCCUCCGCUCAUCAUCAGUCAAGGUCAGCACUUGGACAUGACUCGUCUACCUUUUGUCCUCACGACUAAACCUCCAUCCAGUCCGAGCACAAGCACUCUUACUUUCCCAUCAGGUUACCAGAUAUCGCUCUCGCCUUUUCCUCCAGGUGUGGGUCACGGUGGACCCCCACUUCAGACCUUACAGAACCCUCCACCACAGUGCUCUCCAAACGAUGUGGUUGGUCCAGUUCCUUUUGCUCAGCAGGACCCCAAUUUGGUUUUGCCACCAGGCUACCCCCCGAAUCUUGCUAACUUGGCUUGCUGCCCUCUCCCUCCGAUGUAUCCAGGAGCCAGUUCAUGUGCCGGACUUCAGCUGCACCCUGUAAACCUGCACCCCUGGAACCCUUACCCUUGCCCACCCCCCAUGCAAGACCCUCCGGCACCUCCCCUUCCUACAAAAACUCAUCAGAUUUUAGAGAAGCCAAUUCUCUCCCCACCCCCUCCAACUGCACCACCUCCACCACCCCCUCUGCCCCCUCCUCCACCACCUACCGAACUACCACCUUCCAAAAGUGCCACAGAGGAUCUAGCAGAGUCUGCCAACAACUUUGCAGAGCCAUCAUCCUUAAACGAAAGCCCUGUGCCACAGGAGUCAGAGCGCUUUAACAAGAAGAGCCGCAAAAGACUUGACAGCAGAGCCGAGGAGGCCAACAUGCCCACUGUCUCUGAGGGCAAAUCCAGAAAGGAAGGCCGUGCACUUUCUGACUUCAACACUCUCAUUUCCAGCCCGAGGCUUGGCAGCAGAGAGAAGAAGAAGCCUAAGGGGCCAAGAGAGCAGCUCAACAAAACCAAGAAGAUGAGCAGGACAACAAAUGAGUUCCAGGAUAGCUCAGAGAGUGAGCCGGAGCUGUUCAUAAGUGGUGAUGAGCUCAUGAACCAGAACCAGAGCAGCAAGAAGAGCUGGAAGAACAAGCGCAGUCUGCGUAUGGCUAGUGAGCUGGAAGAAAUAAAGUGCCGCAAGGCGAAUGAAAGAGAGGACCGUAGUUUGGGCAGCCAAGGGUUUGUCUAUGUUAUGGCCAAUAAACAGCCAUUAUGGAAUGAAGCCACCCAGGUCUACCAGCUUGACUUUGGAGGAAGAGUCACCCAGGAGUCAGCCAAGAAUUUUCAGAUUGAGUUGGAUGGUCGACAGGUGAUGCAGUUUGGGCGAAUUGAUGGGAAUGCCUAUAUUUUGGAUUUCCAGUAUCCUUUUUCAGCAGUGCAGGCAUUUGCUGUUUCCUUGGCCAAUGUGACUCAAAGGCUUAAGUGAAAAAGUAAUUUUGAUGUUGUGUACUAACUGAAAAGAAAUUGCAUUGGUGUCACUUCCCUCCAUGUGGGGGCAUAAGUAGGAAGACGUACUUUAUGUGAUGGGGUGACUCUUUGUUUUUAAGAGGAAAUUAUGAUUCAAGUUGGUCUUGCACAUGCAGGUAAAGUACAAUCAGUCUUUAGAAGGCUAAGACAGUUGAGGUGAAUGGUAAUGAAAACUUUAUCACUUUAUUCAUAAGUUUUAGUUCAUAUGCUCAAGCUAAUUUUAUUUAUUAUUACUGUAUUUAGUGAAAUAGAAAUGUCAACCUUCCCAGGAUAAACAAAAGGUAAACAAAGUACAUUUUUGAAUGAAUUUUAAAAGCAGUCUGGAGUUUAAGUACCGCCUGUGGUGCCAAAGAAAUCUUGGCUAAUUAAGCUGUUUCAAUGUAUUACAAAUUAAUAAAUACUUUAUGUACAUUUGUGGGGUUUAUAAAAAAUAUACACAGCAAAUAUCUUGAGGUACAGUGGCAUUCAAAAUUGCUAAUACAUUUUCACUAAGCCAUACCAUAUCUGAUACAAACACUGCACUGUUGUAGUUCAGUUUUAAGUAAAUAAGUAGAUAAAUUAUAAGGUUUUAUUAUGAAUAUCAAACUGGUUGUUAUCGUUAUAUUUGUGAUACCCUUUAAUUGGUAUCUGUCUUCAUCCAAAUACCAUUUGUUCAAAGCAAUGAUUUGAUUUCUAAUCUGAUUUGUUUGUCACUCUACAUUAUGUUAAAAUUGCAGAAGAUGCAAUAGAGGAAUGUAUUGAUUCUGUCACUGAGUGUGAUUAAUCAUAGUUUGUAUAUUUUCUAUCCAUGUUACUUCUAUGAAGUGGUGCAAUCAACAUAGUAAAUAUUUUUCUUUUGGCCACAGUACUGCACAUCAUUAUUCAGUUGGAGCCGUUAUGAUCUGACAGUAUGUUUUCAUGUGUUAAUUUAACCUCAAUUUGUUUGUCAAAGCUAUAUAAUUCUGUCCUCCCUUUUAAUUACUCAGACUCCCUUCUGUACGGCUCAUAUUGUCAGUAAUGGUAAAAAAAAAGGGUAGGUCAAUGUGCACCAAAAGUAAGUUAGUGUAGAGAACGGUAGAAAAUGAUAUCAUCCCCCAAACAGAAUACUUUCCAAGAGGUCAAGAGGUCUCUCAGUUAAUUUAAAACUGACUCUGUGUUGUUUUCAUUCGGAUGUUUAUGAUGCUACUUGAAAAACUGCAUUUGAAUGUGAAGUACAGUAGUUUGCCUCUUUGAAAGUCAGUGCUGCUUUAGAUAGAUAGAGCUUGUGUGCAAUAAUGCUACCUACUUAGAACUGAUGUUGUACUUGCAUAAAGAAAAUAUAAAGCUGCUUGAACUGUGUGUAUUUAGUAAAUGACCUAAUAUCAAUAUAUGCUUAGAAAAAUGUGCUUAUAUGUUGCUAAUUUCAGUAAUUUUGUACUUCACCUUUGCUUUGACAUGGUACCAAGAGUUUUUUGAUGUUACACUUGUAGAAAAAAAAGAAUGAGAACAAACUUGCAAAGGUAUUAAUACAAGAUAUUUAAAUUAUCUAGAUUUAUUGUUAGUAGGAGUGACAUUCAUGUAGAUUUGGUGCUAAUGUACAAAAGAAACAAACGUAUAAAUGUCUGGACAUUCAUCAUUUGCUAAUAGGAGGUUAUUUUAAAGGAGAGUAUUUUCAGAAAGGCUUCACGGAAUUUAAUGUAGAGAGUUUUCAUUUAAUGCAGCUUCAGAGACUUCAGCGACAGUGUGUGUCAGUUAUCAGCAAUACUGCCUAAUGAAUAGUCAGUUGCCUCUUUUUUUUUCUCUUUAUUUUGUGAAGGAAACAAAUAUGAUGUGACCAUAGGUUUACAGGGACCUAUAGGCUGGCCAAAAAGUAAUAAAAACAAUUUGUUCCAAGUGUUUUUGUUGUUAUGUU